AAAACCAAUAAUUAAUUCACAAAUAGUAGUUUUCAAAAAUUUAGUUAUAGAAGGUUGUGGUAGUCUAUAUUUGGUAAAAGAAAUUGAAAACUACACCACAGACCUAAACCCAAAAGUGGCUUAUAGCUAUAGCUACAAAUGGAUCGCCCCCAUGCUCUAAAACUUCAAUAUCACGUCCUUGUAUCUUAAUCUAAAAGGUUAAAAGUUAAAAUCCCACAAUUGCGAAUCCUAAAAGUUAAUCCCAUCGCGUCUCCUUUCGUCUAUAUAUUACAUAUACUCCCUAGCUCUCUCUAAAUAUAUUCUUUCAAGUUUUGGAUACUUUCUUCUACUUAACCUAUAAUAAACAAAACACACACAUGAAUUCUUACAUCACGUUUAUUCUCCUCUCUCUUCUUCUUCUGCCGCCGUUAGCCUCCAGCCGCAACUACACAGACGAUACAAACGCCUCUAGUGUACCGCGGUACAGCAGGUACGUUAAAGACGCGUGUAACGUAACGCGAUACCAACAGCUAUGCCUCCGAACGCUUUGGCCGUUUACAAUCGUCGCUAAAGACAACUCGAGCAAGUGGGCCCGAGCUGGCGUCGCGGUGACCAUAACCGACACCAAACGAAUCCUAAGACUCUUGCUCAAAACGCGGAAUUCUCCAGCGGUCGGGAAACGCGAGAGGGUCGCGUUGUCGGAUUGCCGAGAGCUGUACGUUGACUCCCUCGACAAUCUGUACAAGUCUCUCUCCGUUCUCCGGACACUAGACGCCGACGAGUUUCAGCAGCAGAUGAGCGAUCUCGCGACGUGGCUAAGCGCUGCACUCACGGAUCAGGACACGUGUCUUGAUGGAUUUGAGGAGACGAUGAGUAAAUCGUGGACGGUCAGGAUGAUUAAGAGGAAAGCGACCAGGUGUAUGCACUUGUGCAGUAAUGCUCUGGCGCUCACCAACAAGCUUGCUUAUGACGGCUUGUAAUCUACGCUCGCUUAUGAUAUAUAUUAUUAUUACACUACUAUGUAUUAUACAUACAUGAAAGAAAGAAAAAUUAAUUAAUAAUACGAUCGUGGUCCUGUUAAUAGUUCGAAAGAAAUAUCAUGAUAUCAUAAAUUUCAUGAUAAUAACGACUCUGUUUGUCUUCGUUCUCUCUUUUUUAUUUUAUUUUGUUAUGUUAUUUACAUAUAGCCGC